AUGUCGUUUCACUUGGGCGGGAACACCCUGCGCGUCUCGGCCAAGCUUUUCGUCGAAAAUCGCCAGCGGUUGGUGAAAGCGCUGAAGGAAAAGGUAUCUGGCCCCGGAGCCGUCGUUGUAUUGGAGGGUGGCCACGAGAAGAACAGAUACAACACCGAUGCCGAUGAUUUGCCCUUCAGACAGGAGUCUUAUUUCUUCUGGACAUUUGGCGUUCAAGAAUCUGAUGCCUUUGGGCUGAUCGAUGUUGACUCGGGUCGCAGUGUGCUUUUCCCGCCUCGUCUUCACCCGGAUUACGCUAUUUGGGAUGGGAAGAUUGAGCCUGAGUCUUGGUUCAAAACUAAGUACGAGGUUGAUGAGGUUCAUUUCCACGACGAGAAGACGGCUGCUAUUGCUGAUAAGUUGAAAGAACUGAAGGCGUCGAAGGUUUAUCUCUUGAAAGCCGACAACACCGACUCGGGCAACGUUCUGCCACCAGCGGAAUUCAAAGGAAAGGAUGGCUUCACGAUUGACAAUGACGCACUUUACCCUGUGAUUGCCGAGCUUCGCGUUUUCAAGACUGAUCUCGAGCUCGAGGUAUUGCGUUACGCGAGUAAGAUCGCUUCCGAUGCGCACAAGGCUGUCAUGAAGCACAUCAAGCCCGGCCUUUUCGAGUACCAAUGUGAAAGCUUGUUCCGCCAUACCAGCUACUACACGGGAGGAUGUCGUCAUCUCGCCUACACUUGUAUUGCUGCCAGUGGCUGCAACGGUUCUAUCUUGCAUUAUGGACAUGCUAACGCCCCAAAUUCCAAAGAAGUGAAGGACGGCGAUAUGUGCCUCUUCGACAUGGGUCCUGAGUACAAUUGCUACACCUCCGACAUCACGACUUCCUUCCCUGUGAACGGGAAGUUUACGGAAAAACAGAAGAUUAUCUACAAUGCCGUUCUGGAUGCGAAUCGCACCGUUCUACGCGAGGCAAAGAUUGGCGUUAAGUGGGCGGACAUGCAUCGGUUGUCUGAGAAAGUCAUCCUAACCCAUUUGACCAACGCCGGACUCCUCCAUGGCGACGUUGAUGCCAUGGUCGAAGCUCGUCUUGGAGCUGUUUUCAUGCCCCACGGUCUUGGCCACUUCAUGGGAUUGGAUGUGCACGAUUGCGGUGGAUACCUUGGGGACGCCGAGCCUCGCUACAAGGUUCCUGGGCUGAAGAGCCUGCGCACGACGCGUACCCUGCGCGAGAGGAUGGUGAUCACCAUCGAGCCCGGAUGUUAUUUCAUCGAUUUCCUGCUCGAUGGGGCCUUUGCGGACCCCAAGCUCUCCCAGUUUAUGAACAAGGAAAAGAUUGCCGAGUACCGCGGAUCCGGAGGGGUACGUAUUGAAGAUGAUGUCGUCAUCUGGGAGAAGGGCAACGAGAACAUGAGCCAAGUCCCGCGCACCGUCGAAGAAAUCGAAGCCCUGAUGGCCGAUCGC